CCGACCCGAACCCGCUUAUCCAGCUUCUCUUUUAACUCUACCUUGGGACAAUCCCGGCGCCAAAACCCUCGAGCGAAAUUUGCAUAAACAGGUGUUGAAUUUUAAACACAACCGACCCGAGCCCGCUUAUCCGGCUUCUCUUUUAACUCCACCUUGGAACAAUCCAGGAUUCCAUUUACGAACUUCACCUACCUUCAAGAUGACGACGAUUCGCAGAUUUUGCUGCAACGAUCUUCUCCGAUUCACUUCGGUUAAUCUUGACCAUCUUACUGAAACCUUCAAUAUGUCAUUCUAUAUGACCUACUUGGCGAGAUGGCCCGACUAUUUUCACGUCGCUGAAGGCCCCGGUAACCGAAUCAUGGGUUACAUUAUGGGAAAAGUUGAAGGACAAGGCGAGUCUUGGCAUGGUCAUGUUACUGCAGUAACUGUUGCUCCAGAAUACCGCAGGCAGCAACUGGCUAAGAAACUGAUGAAUCUGCUGGAAGACGUCAGUGACAAGAUCGAUAAUGCUUAUUUUGUGGAUCUUUUUGUGAGAGCUUCAAACACACCAGCCAUAAAGAUGUAUGAAAAACUUGGCUAUGUAAUAUAUAGACGGGUUCUACGCUAUUACUCAGGGGAGGAAGAUGGUUUAGAUAUGAGGAAAGCGUUAUCUCGUGACACUGAAAAGAAAUCCAUCAUCCCCCUCAAAAGGCCAGUUACACCUGAUGAAUUGGAGUAUGAUUAGCUGCGCUACCCAUGAUGAUUUUGCCUUCUGAACUUGAUGAUGCUUUAGCAUGUGCUUGUGACUUAUGGAGAUGCGGAGGUUAGGCAUAUUGUAGACUCUAAAGUUUGUGCAUGUCAAAUGUGAGAUUUGAGGUUGUAUUUUUUCACAAUGACUUGCAACACCAAGAUAUGUUCCUAUUUUCUAAUGGUUUCAAAGUUAAUCCUGCUUUGUUUGAAAGUUUGGUUUUUUUUCUUUGGUAGAAUUCUUGGGUGACAUGCAUAUUCUUUGCUGUACUAUAUGAAAUUUUCUUUUGGCA